CAUAGGGCUUUUAAAGAGUCGACGGGGAUUUCCCUUUGUAAUCUACGGCACGACUUCCUGGUUAAAAAGAUCGUCUGCUACGGCGCUCACACAGUCAGUGGUAACAGCAUUAUUACCCGAUGGAUUGUCGCGAGCCAAGUAGGUAUCCCAUGUGUCUAAUCCAACUGAUGGUUUCAGAAUAACCGUUGAUUCUUAAUCAGUUGUUAAUACGGAAGAAGGGAUAACGCAAUGUCCUCAAAGACUAUAACUGUGGGAAAAUGAGUAGUUUGGAUAUAAUCGGAGCUGCGAAGACUGGGGAUCUGCAGGCUGUGCUAAACUGUCUAAACUACGGGAUCUCCGUGAACGAGAGGGACAAAGAUAAUGCGACUCCGCUGUACUGGAGCUGUUGCCGUGGUUACGCGAAAUUAAGUGCGGAGUUGAUCAAACGGCACCCGGAUAUCAACGCUAAGGUCAAGUGGGGGUCAACAGCUCUGCAUGCAUCAUGUGACCGCGGCCAUAUUGCGUGUGUUACGCUGCUGAUUCAAAGUGGUGCAGAGUUAGACACCCAAAACAAAACCGGAAACACCGCUCUACAUUUGUCAGCGUACCGGGGUCACGCCGAAAUCGUCAAAUUACUGGUUCAGAGCGGAGCCGAUGUAUUCCUACGCAACGAAAAAGGACGAUGUGCGUCCGAGGAAGCCGAAGUGGGAAAUCACUCCUUAACAGCACAGUUUCUAUACAAGAAAAUGAAAGAAUUUGAAAGCAAAGGAAGAGAAAGUGAAAGUACAAUUCACAGUUGCCCUGAAAUAAUGAUUAACAAACUCUUCAUUCAUGACUCUGAUUCGGGAAUUCUUCAAGGUAUUCGAGAAACGGAACAUUGCAUGUCUGCAAAAUCGGAAUGUUUUACUCCAAAGAGCCAUAUUAUCGUGGAGAGAUCGCGGUCUUGUGGAGCGAUAGAGGCACAAGAGCACGAUAUUUGUAAAAGUGACCUCUAUAAAAGAACUAGCAACAAUAACUCGGUGACUACAGACGAUAGCAGGGAGGCACUUCUCGCUUUGGUGGAAAAACUUCAACUCCAGUUAGUCAAACUCAACGAAGACAUCGUUCAAAGAGACAGCAAAAUCAAAGAACUCAGCGCAAGUAAUGGCGAAAUGUCCAAGGAACUUGAAAAGUAUAAGACUGUUUGUAGAAGACUCAGUGAUCAGAAAAGUGCUUUAGAGGAAAAAUUUCAUAUCCAUUCUGAAUUUUCGUCUACAAAGGAUUACAUAAUGGAAUUUAUGUCUGAAGUUACAAAAACGCCGCAUUCCACUUGUUCAUUUUCAGACGAGUACUUCAAGAUUCUCAAUGAUAAGUUGACACAGAAAUUGAAAUUCCCGCCUUCCGACGUAGUGUUGAUAGACACGCCCAUGAAGGAGUGGUUUCCCGGGACUGAUUAUGUAGUGAACGGCGAUCGACCAAUCAAAUCAGAGACCUCUUGUCUUGAAUCUUUAACAUUCCUUAUCAAACAUUUAAAAUCUGGGAAAUUCUGUGAUCUGAAGAUGAAGUUAUUUAACGAUGACCAAAACUCCUCAAUGUUCGGGUAUUUUCCACCUCAACAAAGUUAUCGGAAAAACCUCGAAGUUGACGUCCUGGCAGGACUAAAACACCCAAACCUCUUGAAAUCCAUACACAGCUACUGUGGAACGACGGAGAGAUUCCGCCGAUUCCUAACCGUUAUAGUCCCCCAACCGCGAGGAUCCAUGAAUUCCAUUGAAAUCCCAAAGCAAGCUUUAUUUAUUGUUACGGAGCAUUAUUCCCAUACACUCGAGUCUUUCAUUACUGCACAAAGAGGCGUUGCUCCGGCCCCAUUGUACGGACUGAGCAAUGAAUUCUUUCUGGGUUUGUUAUAUCAGAUUAUAUCCGGAAUGUUGUACCUGAGACGGUUCGGAAUAGUUCAUAGGAAUAUACACUCCGGGAGUAUUUACAUGUCCGAGCGAUUCUGCCCGGUUAUCGGGAACUUUGAAUUGGCUGUUCGAGUGUUUGACAAUGAUAACAACAAGGUGGCGCUGACAGAUGCGUGUCAAAUUUCGGCGGGAAAUUCAAAUGCUUGGUCACCAGAGCUCUUGCUGAGUAAGACGAGGGAACAUCAAUUGGUAGCGCAAAAUGUCAACCUUCUAAGCAUCUACGACAAGUCAGACCUCUAUGCCAUUGGGAGUAUGUUCUACAAUAUUCUUCUUCCCACCGAGGUCGAUCAGAAGUUUCAAGAAUUGAAAGAAAGGAACCCAACUUACACAACCCAGGAUAUUCCGGAAUUACCGGUCCAGUUAUCACGUGGAAUUAAAGUUUUGCUUAGGAACCUAGUCUGUAGUAGUCCUUCCGAUAGGUUGGAUGAGCAAACAGCGAAACUUUUUGUUGGGGUUCUCUUGUUUUCUCCGAAAAAUAAAUCGUUCUCUACGAUCGAGGAAGUUGGGGUUUAUCGUCAUUCAAAGAUGUUAAGUUUAUUAGGAAAAGACGUUCGAAUCUUAAGAACGCCUAAUGCCACGUUCGAAGAAAUCCAGAGAGUAGUCGAGCCGGAACUAGAGGCUGACUUUUUAACCAAUGUGAUGGACCCGUCGUUCUUUCAUAUGUAUAACAGACUAUGUGCACUCAAAUGCCUAGAAUAAUAAAAUUGUUAGCUGUUUAA